GCAUCUCCUCCGGCUAAACGGACUAGGAUACGCAGGACUGCUUUAUCAAUUACCGGAAAUGGAAUUUUGUCAGAUGAUGAGAAUUCAUCAGAUCAGAUUAAUGAUGUAUCUAGAUCGCUUCCGAAUGAGGUAGAUGCCGAAUUCAUCUGCAAUCGGACAAUAAAUGAAGACUUUACACCGUUUCUGGGCUUAGGGACAAAUGAUGACUAUGCCGUGGAUCUAAUGUAUUUUUCACAUUAUUUUGUUAUUAUUGUAUCUUCUCAUUUUUUCAGUGCCCCGCAACCACAGUUAGGAGCAAAGAGGAUAACAGUACGGACCUAAGCGUAAACAGUAAUGACUGGAAUAAUUAUCCUUACUGGCAUCAAUCAUAUGAAGUUGUAACGCAAACAGUAACAUCCGAACAACAAAUUCCUAAACAAGAUCUAACUUUAUUAGUAAACUCAAUCCUUGACUGUUGUGAGACUCAGCCGUUACCAAACAUCACCAAUACACACAUUUGUGAACCUCAAACGAUUUCUUCACUUUUGAAGCACUUACAAAAAAACAUCAACACGCAGAAAACAUCACAGUUCAACAUAUACAGAGAAGAUGUGUUUGGAUGUUGCGUCCGAGCAAUGAGAAGAACCGGAUUUGAUCCAUUUAGUAAAAUUUCAGUGAAGUUUAGUGAUGCUGAGGGUACAAGCGAAGGUGCAGUUGAUGAAGGAGGUCCUUGCAGAGAAAUGUUCAGAUUAUCUCUGAACUGGCUGAAAGACAGCGGUAUGUUCUGUGGUGCCCAUAAGAAAAAUUUGAAUCUUUGUGGGAAUGCUUUGCACAAAAACAUGUAUUUCGAAGCGGGUCGAUUAAUUGCUUUAUCCCUGAUUCAUGGAGGGCCGGGCCUCAUUUUUUUUUCUGAGACACUAUUCUCGCUAUUAUGCGACCAAAUUGCAGUCCCAACACUUGAUGAUAUCGAUCGAGAUGUAAGAGAAACGAUUAUGCAAUUUCAAAAUGCCAACGAGUUAGAAGAACUACGAACAAUAAUAGGAAAUAGCGAUGUUUUUUCUCUGUCGGGAUUCCCAAUUAUUGUGCAAGCAGAAGAGCAAGAAAAAAUUGUCCAAGGGACGCUACGAUUUUUUGCUGUGGAUAGAAUAAGAGAACCACUGCGGCAAUUAAUUGCAGGGUUGAAUACAUGCGGUCUAUAUGACAAGCUUGUGCAAUAUCCCAGUAUAUUCAAAGACAUAUUUUGUUCUGAAAUCACACUAUCUUCAAAAGUAAUUGAAGAACUAUUCCUGAUUGUCUAUACCGAACCUGGAACUAACACCCGUAGUAAAGAAAAUCGUGUGAUUUCUUAUUUUAGGGAUUAUGUAUUGGAUUUGGAAUGCGACCCGACAAAUAUUGUCACUCUUCCCGAUCUUUUAGUCUUUGCAACAGGGUCUGAUUGCCUUCCGCCUUUAGGAUUUCCUUUAAGGCCAGAGAUCAUGUUUUUGCAUGAAAAGAAUUCGCGAUUUCCGAUAGCAAAUACUUGCAGUCUUCAAUUAAAACUGCCAGUGGUACAUACCAGUUAUGAGGACUUCAAAACCGAUAUGGAUUUUGCCAUGGGUAAUGCUAAAGAAUUCGGGUUCGCGUAAUAAGUACUUGUUUUAUUUUACGUUAAUCUUAUUGAAUUUGGAUAAUAUAAUAUUUGUUUUGUUAAAGUUUAUGUAU